CCCAAAUUUUAUUCUCCACAAUAGCGUUUUGUGUCUUCUUCGCAUCAGAAUCACUCCGUUCUUCUCAAUUAAGGUCAGAUCUCUCAAUCAAUCGACUCUGAGGAAACCUCAGUUCUCAUCAAAAUCAUGACUCUUGGCUCAGGGGGAUCGAGUGUUGUCGUUCCGAGGAAUUUUAGAUUGUUGGAAGAGCUUGAAAGAGGUGAGAAGGGUAUUGGAGAUGGAACUGUGAGCUAUGGAAUGGACGAUGGAGAUGACAUUUAUAUGCGCUCUUGGACUGGCACUAUCAUCGGUCCUCACAACGUAACUGUACAUGAGGGUCGAAUUUAUCAGUUGAAACUUUUCUGUGACAAAGAUUACCCUGAGAAGCCCCCGACUGUUCGGUUCCAUUCUCGCAUCAACAUGACUUGUGUCAACCAUGAGACCGGCGUGGUGGAUUCAAAGAAGUUUGGAGUUCUUGCAAACUGGCAAAGGGAGUACACAAUGGAGGACAUACUGACUCAUUUGAAGAAGGAGAUGGCUGCAUCGCAUAACCGGAAGCUUGUUCAACCUCCUGAAGGAACCUUCUUCUAAUACUCUCAAAAAGCCUGUACUUUUGAGGGGCUUUCUCCAUUGUUGAUCUCAAGCUUUUUUCAUUCGUACCUAAAAGUAAAAACAAUGGUGUCUAUGGAUGAAUGAUGAUGUUCGAUUAGUCCUCUGGAAUUUAAGUCCUUGUGUGCAAGUGUAUGAAGACAAAGUUGUCUUACGUAUUCAUUUUCUAAGUUUAGAUAUAAUAUGAGAAACUCAUCUAGGAGCAAAAGCAGCUUUUGUUUGGCUCUCUUGCAUGCUAGUGAAUUGCCUGAUCUA